AAUCUCUUUGCAUUAGCCACAGCGCUUAAGGGGUUAAGCUCUAGCUAACAGCAACAAACACAGCAGCCGAGUCGCGAGUCUGGAGCUUUCGCCAAACGCAAACUCAAUAUCUAGGGCUAAAAUGGCCUCUUUAGGAGAACCUGUGCGUCUGGAAAGAGACAUAUCUCGUGCCAUUGAGCUGCUGGACAAACUCCAGAGAACAGGGGAAGUGCCUCCCCAGAAGCUGCAGGCACUGCAGAGGGUUUUGCAGAGCGAGUUCUGCAAUGCUGUACGGGAGGUAUAUGAGCAUGUGUAUGAGACGGUGGACAUAAAUAGUAGCCCAGAGGUGAGGGCGAAUGCAACAGCAAAGGCUACAGUGGCUGCAUUUGCAGCCAGUGAGGGUCAUUCUCAUCCACGUGUGGUAGAGCUCCCUAAAACAGAGGAAGGACUGGGGUUCAACAUCAUGGGUGGGAAGGAACAAAACUCACCCAUCUACAUCUCCCGCAUCAUUCCUGGAGGCAUCGCCGAUCGGCACGGUGGCCUGAAGAGAGGAGAUCAGCUGCUGUCCGUUAAUGGAGUGAGUGUAGAAGGAGAGCACCAUGAGAAAGCCGUGGAGCUGUUGAAGGCUGCUCAGGGUACAGUAAAGCUGGUUGUACGGUACACCCCUAAGGUUCUUGAAGAGAUGGAGUCGCGCUUUGAGAAGUUGAGGUCUGCCAAACGCCGGCAACAGAACAACUACCCCCAGUAGGGCGUCUCGCCUGAGCCCUUCACCCCUCCCAUCUCUCCUUCCCUCUCUCUCACUUUCUCUGUCAUUGUCUUUAAUUCUUCCGCCAUCUGUCUUCCUUAUUCAUAUUCGCUCACCCCCUUUCUCCAGCCAGGGAUUAGCCACAUGUUUGGCACUUCUUUUUGUGAAAAUUUUCUAAAUCCUCACCUCCUCAACAGUUUUUUAACAGUCUUUUCACACACUUCUUUCUCAUAGCAUGAACACUACUACAUUGGCUCUGGAUGUUGUCACGUACACACCACACACACAUGCACUAUUGGUGCAUUACUAAGAAUGUACUGUCAUUUGGGAUGUUGAUUAGUUAGAUAUGCAAGGGGACCAUUGCAAUGUUCAACUCCUGAGGUCAUCCGAAUGAAAAUGUCAAAAAAGUGCCUCGAGGGAUUUACAAAAAAAGUCUGCAGCCCCCACUACAUCCCACUGUAGGCUGUGUUUUAUGGUCCAAGCACAAAAUGAGAGAACACUACCACCAUGUUAAAAUGCAAAAUCGUGUAUCAUUGAACGAAAGGUUUAUGAUGUUUGUUUGUUUUUUUUACUGUUUGCCCACAGAAAAAGGAAAAGUUCACCAGAAAUGUUAAAAUCUCAUUUUGAGCCUCCGGAGAGAUAAAUGGCAGAGCGGUGACACAAGCAUCCCAUCAGUCCUGCUGUUACAAACACAAAAUGUCAGCUGUAAAUAUACUCUCAUACAAAAAAUGUCAAUCCGGUAUCGCUAACUGACCCAAACUGAUUGACUCUUCACAUCAUGUUUACAGUACAAACUGAGUUCAAUAUCAACCUGUAUCAACAAGAAUAUUAAACUAUUUGGGUUUGUUUAGUCUUUGAGAGCCACAAAACGUGUUACAUAUGCUCCCGAUUACUCUUUUUAAACAGUCUGCAUUUGAAUGAAUAUGUGAAUGGAGUGUUUAUGAAUUGUUCAACCAAACAGCAGUUCAGAGGAGAUGCUAGUGGCACCUUUUGAGUGUUAGAUAAAUAGAAAUUUGAUGAAAAUAAAACAUUUUUUGUAGCAUAUGCCCCUUUAAAGCACACAGAAACACAAUGAAACAGUCCCUAGCUCUUAUUCAGGCUUGUUCCAUUUUUUGUUUGUAGAAUUUAAGAUUUUAAUUUAAAGUCUCACAGCAGAAACACUCGGUUUAAAAGUGUAGUGGGAAUUUUAUUGUUUUAUCGUCUGUUGUUUCAAAACGCUUUCUGAAUGUUAAUGUGGCACUUGCCUUUCAGUCAGCUGUGGGUCCAUAUGUUACACCCAGUUCACGCUGGUCAUUACAAAGAUCUGCAUCAUGAUUCAGAAUCAGUUCACUUAAAUGGUUAUAUUAGCAUGUCAUGAGGUAGCAACUGAGCAUAAUGCAAGCAAAACCGCAAUGAAUGCAUAAAAACGAAUGUUAAAGAACACCGACCUUAUUCACUAUUCAUUAUACGAGACCUGUCUAAAUGAAUUUUUUAUUAAUUGGUGCUGUCAUUUUCAUUUUCUUUCGUUUAUUUUGUUCCUGUUUUUUCUAGAUUCCUUUUUUUGAUCAAUCAUUGUUGUGGAAAGUUACUUAUACAUUCAUCUCUACUUGUUCAUGUUACAGCCAAAAUAUUAAGGAUUUAAUUGACAUGUUUUUUUGUUUUGUUUUUUAAAUCCUGUUUUGUCAAGAUUCAUGUUAUAAAAGUAGUUUCACACUGCACUUUCUCUUUGUACUAAUUUUCACAUGUUAAAAAAUGCAACACGCUUGAUGUAUUUUUAACCUCAAAUGCAGGUAUUUUCAGUGUCUGACAAGCUUGGGGGGGAAAAAAACAAGUCUAUUUUUCUCAGUCUCUCAUAAAAUAUUUAACGUGUCUAAUUAUAGAGGCCCAUGACUCACCCCGAGCUGUGAGAUACGUAGGUGUUUUGGGGGUGAGAGAUAAAAGGGAGGUCUGAUGUCUUGCAUGAAGGAAUCAUUUGUUAUUGAUGAAAAAAAAGAAGAAUGAAGAGAUCUCUUUUCUUUCUGUGGUGUAUACAGUGCUCAGGUUAGUUCUUUCAACAAUAUCAUACAUUUUAAAGCAUCAUGUAUCACGAGCAAUAAUGAGACAUGAUCCAUUUCCUAUCAUCAUCAUCAUCAUCAUCUCAAACAGGUUACUCACUCCCCAUUCAUACUUGGAUUUGUCCACAGGGGGGGCUGAUUAACUAUUUUUAUAACCGUUUUCUUUUGAUAUUUUACACCUUUUUGAUAAAGUGAUUUUUCUCUUGAGAUUUUUUUUUUUUCCAGGAAUGCUUUGUAUUGAUUUAUCUAGACCAUAUUCUCCUUGUGAUUCAGGUAACAAGACCAAACUUGCAUCCAUUCUGGGAGCUCUUUCCGUGUCUGGUCAACUAGUUUGAACUGUUAUUAAUAAACUGUUUUAUUGUGUUAUUUGACAUUUCUGUCCUGCUGUAUUGUGUUACAUUAAUGUGGAUGUAUAAAGACUGCUCAAAGUGAUUUGUUUUGAGGAUACAGAGUUUAAAUAUACGGGGUUUAAAAUC